AUGCCUACCCCACCCCUCAUAAUCUUCGACUUCGACGGCACCCUCUUCAACACGCACGCCUCCAUAAGGGAAACCAUAAGGCUCACAUUCGCAUCCCUCCUCCCCACUUCCCUACCGCCGCUGGAUUCCGAAAUCGAAGCCCAGAUCGCCUCGGGUGCGGGGCUUGCUGAUACAUUCCGCGCCCUCCACGCAGCAGCCGUAUCCUCCUCCUCCUCCUCCUCCUCAUCGCUCCCAUCCGCUGAAUUCGAGAGCUGGGUAUCAAAGUACCGCGAGAUCUAUGCCGAGCGGGGCCAGGGCCUUGUCACAGCCUACCCCGGCGCGAAGACCCUUCUCGAGACCGUCCAGAAGAAAGGUAUCCCGAUGAGUAUCAUUAGCAACAAGGGCGUGGAGGCUGUCAGGACGGCGCUGGCUAAUAAUGGACUUGAGGGAUUUAUCCCCGAGGAGUUUAUUAUUGGUGACAAAACUCCCGGUGCGAAGAGGAAGCCUGAUGUGGGGAGUUUUGAGGAUGUGCUUCUUCCGCGGUUGAGAGAGAAGGGUGUGGAUGUUGAUGAAGGGGGUCGCAGGCGGGAUGUGCUUGUUGUUGGGGAUACGGUGGCGGAUAUUGGGUUUGCGAGGAAUUUGGGGUGUAGGGUCUGUUGGUGUCGGUUUGGGUAUGGGGGAAGAGAGGAGUGCGAAGGGAUGAGACCGGAUUGGGUUGUUGAUGGGUUGGAGGAGGUUGUAAGCAUUUUAGAGGAGUAG